UCGACGUGAGGUUAGGUGUAAACCAAUUUAUUUGUUUUUGCUUUAACCUGGAAUUUACUCAGCUUGACAUUGCAUCAAGGUUGCAUCUGCCUCUUAUAAGUGUGGAAGCCAAAUUUACAGAUAAGUUCUUCAUGUAGAAUGAUUUUUUUAUUGUACACAUCAGACUAAGUUUAUCUUCUUAAAUCGUUCGAGUUAUGGAAAGAUUACUAUAAACAAGCUUAUUAUUAUUUGAAGUGAGCUAAAAAUAAAAAUAAUUGUUUUUUUAGUGUUGUAUUUGUGGCCAACUGAUUAAGGGGUUAAAUUCAAUGGGGAAAUUGCUUUACAGUAAAGGAAGUUUUGUGUCCUUUAUGUUAAGCUGUGCUGCUUCCUUUUCCUCUUUCACCCCUUAACUUGAGACUGAAGUGAGGCAUAUGAAACAAGGAAGCAGCACCAAGGGCUGCAAUAAGCUGUUUUACACACACAUAUUAGCAUUUUGUUCUCAUCAGAGCUGUUGAAGUGGCCUCAUGUGCUAUUUCUUCAGAGCGUAAAAACAACACCUCCGUAACACCAGUGUGGAUGAUGAGGGCACAAAAUUUGCUGUUGGCACUGCUGUGCAUGAUGGGAUGUGUGGGCUACUGUGGUACUUUAUCAACCUGCAAACCCCUGAACCUGGAGCUGGUGAAAAGGAAGCGCAUCGAGGCCAUCCGUGGACAGAUCCUCAGCAAACUACGGCUGGCCAAAGAGCCAGAAGACGAUGACAAAGGAGAGAGAGAUGAGGUGCCUGCUGAGGUCCUGUCUGUCUACAACAGCACUGUGGAGUUAAACGAGGAGCUGAUACAAGCCAACAAUACUGUGGAAUCUCCUGAUGCAGAGGAGGAGGCAUACUAUGCCAAGGAGGUUCAUAAGUUUACCAUGAAUAAUUUUACGAAUAAUAUGGUGAUGCUGUUUAACGUCACUGAAAUGAGAGACGUUUUGGGCUUAGAACGUAUGGUUUCCCAGGCUGAGCUCCGUCUUCUGAUCAGGGAUCCUCGAUUUGCUCCUGGCAAUGAAGAGAGGUUAGAGCUUUAUCAAGGGGCCGGGGAUAAGGCUCGCUACCUGGAUUCACAUUUCAUCACCAACGAAUUAAACGGCAAAUGGAUAUCCUUUGACGUGACAAAGACUGUAAAAAACUGGCUUCACAAUCCUGAGGCAGAAAAAGCAUUACAGUUGAAGUUACCUCAUGGAUGUGGGGAGAGUGAAAAGAUACCAUAUAUUUCAGGCACAUCCACUGAUAGAUUAGACACAGCUGUUCUACAAACCAAAAUGAAAAAGCCACACAUUCUGGUAAUGUCACUUCCUGAAGAGCGUGUACGUCAUCUCAGCUCGCGGAGGAAACGGCAAGCUACAGGAGAUGCAGUUUGUUCUGAACAGUCAGAUGUUUGCUGUGUGAGAAGACUUUAUAUAGACUUCCGUAAAGACCUGGGAUGGAAAUGGAUACACGAACCUUCUGGCUACUAUGCAAACUACUGUAUCGGCUCCUGUUCCUUUGUCUGGAACGCGGAAAAUAAGUACUCACAGGUUCUGGCGCUGUAUAAACAUCACAAUCCUGGAGCAUCGGCUCAACCCUGCUGUGUGCCACAGGUCCUGGAUCCUUUACCCAUCCUGUACUAUGUGGGGAGACAACAUAAGGCCAGUAUAAUAACAUUAAACACUGCAGUACAUUGGAGAAUAUUUACCUACUUGUAAUGAAAUGUAAUUAAUCUGUCUAACACAAUCUGGAUCUUCCACAGGUAGAACAACUGUCAAAUAUGAUCGUCAAGACCUGCAGAUGUAGUUGAAAGACAUGUGCAGUCUUCAGACUCUCUUGUAGCGAUUAAAGACUGAGAUGUAUUGAGAGGAAAAAGGCCUGUAUAAUGCUAUGGAGGGACAGUUCAUACAAAUUGUAUUGUGUGACAUUUCAUGGUUUCUUUUUUUUUUUUUUUUUUUGUGAAAGUUUCACCCCUUAAACUCCCUGGCUCAAUCAGUGGGUACUCGACAUACAUUUCUCAUUCUUGUACCUACAUACUGUACCUAUUAAUAAUAAAAAAUGAUAUAAAAUAAUUCACUGUCAUUAAUUCAAUAAUACGAUGGGACUUUAAGGGGUGAAAUUCCUUGGUACAUUACAGACUUUCAUUGUUAAAUGUGACCUUAACAAGCAAACAAAUGGCCAUGCUUAUUAACAUUAACCUUUUUUUUUGGUGUGUGUUGGGCUUGAUGGAAUUACAAGUAACAGCGGUACAUAUUUGUAUUAAUUAUUGUGUUUAAUAGGUUUUCAUUUAAUGUGCACAUUUUCUCAUUUCAAGUUUGGCUAGAGCUUACUUCACAUUUUUACCUGCUUUGAAAUAAUUUGUUCAACAUUUGCAGGACGAAAAUACAGGGCAAGAUAAAAAACAAAAAAACAUUACCACUGGAUGUGAAAAUGUAUUAUUAGUUAUUUAAAUCCAGUUGUAGCACGGUGGCUUAGUGGUUAGCACAUUCGCCUCACACCUCCAGGGUUGGGGGUUCGCCUCCGCCUUGUGUGUGUGGAGUUUGCAUGUUCUCCCCGUGCCUCGGGGGUUUCCUCCGGGUACUCCGGUUUCCUCCCCCGGUCCAGAGACAUGCAUGGUAGGUUGAUUGGCAUCUCUGGAAAAUUGUCCGUAAUGUGUGAUUGUGUGAGUGAAUGAGAGUGUGUGGGCCCUGCGAUGGGUUGGCACUCUGUCCAGGGUGUAUCCUGCCUUGAUGCCCAAUGACGCCUGAGAUAGGCACAGGCUCCCCGUGACCCGAGGUAGUUCGGAUAAGUGGUAGUUAAUGAAUGAAUAAAUCCAGUUGUGUACCAAUAAAACAUGAUCUUUUUGGAUCCAUGAGCUGCAGAGCUUAUUUAAAUAGCCUAUAGUGUAAAAGUGAUGACUCUGGAAACACGAUUAUUAACUUCCUUGUUUGCUGGUCCUGCUCAAUGAAGCGAUCAUGAGGCAUUGUAAUUUUUGGCACAAUGUCCUCUAUUAGUGCCUGUUACAGUUUCCAUUUUUCACCACUAGGUACCAUAAUACCACUAUGGAGGUAAAUGGGGCAGUUGUUACCCUCCCCACCCCAAAGAGUAUGCUUAUAUCUGUCAAAUAGAAACCUUUUAAAAAUGUGCCAAUUUGUAAUUCAAACUAAUUUAAAAUAGACUGUGAACUAGGAAAAUUUAUAUUCCUUGAAAUGUUGAUGUAUAUUGUGCCCUUAUGGAUGAGCUGACACUAUCUCUUUGCAACUUAUACAUGAUAAGGCAAUCCCUUAUACUUCUGUGUUCUCCAGGAUUAAAAGCUGUAAAUGCAUGCUUGAUUUGUGCAAAACUAAGAACUAAUCCUACAUGCGUAGGAGAUUAUUGCUUUAACAGCUUUCUAUUUAGCUAUAACUAUGGCAAGGUUACCAUUUAGGUCAAUGGAGAAGUUGUCCACUUUUAUUCUCUCUCAGCCUCCAGCACAGCUGUAUUCUGUGUUUAAUUGUUCAGUGGACUAGAAACAUUCUUCUCAUGGUCAAAUUUGGCCAUUUACUAUAUAUAGUUAUGAAAACGUCAGACUUUCCUGAACUUAAAUGAUCUUAUUUGUCUGAGUAUCCAUUAAGUAGGAAUAGUUUUGUGCCUUGUGGACAGUUUGUCACAAGGUGAACUGAUCAGGCUUUGUCUGUUUCACUACAGUAUAUAGUGUAUUCAAGCUUUUGGCUGUUUUCCAGAUUUCAUGUUUUCUGAGACUUACACACAAUCGGUUAGUUUAGCUUGGGGUUGUGGAACUUUAUUCUAUCAAAGCAGGAACACAAAUCAUUUCAGUUGUCUAAGCAUUUUGUCUUGGUCUUCAACCACCUGAUAAGCUUUUAAGCCUGUAGCCUCACCAUCAGACACAAUUUGGUGCAUUGGAAGCUGGGAGAAGUGAAAUGUAAGCCAUCAGAGAUCUCCGAAGAUCACUUUGGGGAAACACUUACAUAUGCUUACAUAUAGGAAUUUUAGAUUUUAGGGAAUAUGUUAUACUUCACGUCUGACAUAUCUUGAACUGUAAUUGUAUUGUUUUUUUUGUUGUUUUCUGUAAAAAGACAAAAGUAUACCACAUGCAUUGUGAAUAUUAGAAAAGCAUUAAACAAACCCAUACUUAA